AUGCUAAUCGGGCUAUUCCAGUGGUCUGUUCGACUGAGUGCCGAAAUCGAAACUCAGAUGAUCUCUUUACACCGGGCGCUGGCCUACAGCUUUUUGGAGCCCGAGGAAGCGACUUUGCCAGUUAACAAACAAACAGGGCAAUAUUCACCCCUCUCAUUACAGAAUAGAUCGGCUCUUCUAUUUACAGAGUCUAAUACUCUAAGUCUAUCUCAGCACCCAGAUUCGUCAUCCGUGGACACUUCAUUGUUUUCUAACUGGCCUGACAUUGGCAUUGUCGAGUUUCGUCAGAUCAGUUUGCGAUUUCGUCCAGAUGGACCGUUUGCAUUAAAAAACAUUAAUCUUGUCGUUCCCCCAGGAUAUAAGAUAGGGAUAGUGGGUCGUACGGGUGCAGGAAAGAGCAGUCUUGUUAGCUUGCUGUUCCGUCUUCAGGAAGCGGAGGAGGGUCAAGUUCUCGUAGACGGCGUUAAUAUUAGCCAGAUACCACUUUCUAUUUUGCGGCGACGUAUUUCGAUCAUACCACAGGAUCCAACAAUGUUUGCAGGGACCAUCUUAACUAAUCUGGAUCCCACCAGAUCUUGCCCUUUCGAGCAAAUAUGGAAUGCUCUUGAUGCAAUGCUCUCAAGCAUAUGA